CUGUCAUUUUGGCAUCUUAUUUCUAUAGUCCGGUACCACGCACGAAGAGAGCACUUGGUUUGUUUUGCAUGACAUGGAGUCUUGAACAGAAUAAAUCGUCCUCCCUAUCUGGGAUUCCGGUAGGUGGUCGUAUGCUCGUGUGUCUGUCAGUCUUUUUGUUUGGUCUAGCUGGCUCACGUUUGAGCCUGGCACUUGGCAAAUGCAAAAGACAAGACUUUGCCAGUCGGCACGAUCAUGCAAGGGCCUCUCCGCCAUGUCAAACCGCCUUGGGCCCCAUCAUCCCUGACCUACUUCCCUGGGCGACCAUCGGUCCGACGGGUGUGGGGAGUAUCCCCGUCGGCUUCGGAACGAAAGAAAGUCCUCAUAUUAGGCGUGGGCUGGGGUGGGUUUCGAUUAGCUCGCGACCUGGACAAGCGCCAGUUCGACGUGAGCGUGGUAUCGCCGCGGAAUCACUUCCUUUUCACCCCGCUCCUGCCUAGCACCACGGUCGGCACAUUGGAAUUUCGGUGUGUCCAGGAGCCCGUCCGCACGAUCCGCGGUGUCCACUACCAUCAGGCUCAAGCUACCGCCAUCGACGUCCAUCACCGACAGGUUCAUUGUCUAGACGUCUACCGUCAUUAUGGCAGCGGAAAGCUCGUGUUCCAACUACCCUACGACCAUUUGGUGAUUGCCGUGGGCACCAAAUCCAGCACGUUCGGCGUCCCCGGACUCCAGAGUCGCGAGGAACAAUUCUCGCCCACCGGGACUUCAAAGGACAACGUAUUCUUUUUGAAACAAUUGGAACACGCUCGAUCCAUUCGACAUCGGAUCAUAGAGUGCUUUGAACGAGCUUCCAGCCCUUUCGUGACAGAAGCCGAGCGGACUCGUCUCCUGACUUUUGUGGUGGUGGGUGGGGGGCCCACGUCCAUCGAGUUCACAUCCGAGCUCUGCGACUUCAUUCGCCACGACGUCAGUCAGUGGUACUCCGAUCUCAAGCACUCGCAAAAGAUCAUCGUCAUUGAAGCCGGGAAGCACCUCUUGGGCAACUUUGAUAGCUCGCUUUCCGACUAUGUGGAAACGACGCUGGCCAAACGGCAAGUGACAUUGUUAACCAAUCAAGUCGUCAAAGAAGUGAAAGACGUGUCGGUCGUCUUGGAUGACGGCACAGAAAUCCCUUUUGGCGUGUGUGUUUGGUCCACGGGGAAUGGAGCACUAGAAUUUGUUAAGAAUCUGCCCCUCCCAUUGAGCCAGGACCAUCGGAUCAAAGUGGACGAAACGUUGCAAGUCCUCAACCAUCCCCAUGUGUAUGCUAUCGGGGAUUGUGCCGUCAACGAGGACAAACCCCUGGCUAUGCUGGCGCAAGUAGCCAAUCAACAAGGUGGUCACUUAGCCUCGUGUUUGAACCGCGAUGAGGCCUUGGCGUUCCAGUACAAAUUUAUGGGAGCCAUGGCAUCUCUGGGCACGUUCAACGCAGUUGUCGAUCUCAACGGACCCAAAUUCAAGGGUAUUGUAGCCUUUUUGACGUGGCGAUCAGCCUAUUGGACUAUGAUGGUAUCUGUGGUCAACAAGAUACUGAUCCCCAUGUUUUGGUUCAAGUCGUUUUUCUUCGGCAGAGACACAUCCAAAUUUUGACAUUAUUUUUCCAUCAAAUAGGACGCUUCGAUGUAAGUAAAGCCAGUCACUAGUCAACGAAAA